CUGACCCCUCGCGUAUUCUUCUAUGACAUUCUUCUAAGAGGUUGGUUUUUGUUUGUUUGUUUUAUUCUCCCCAGUAGCCCUCACCUACCCAGCAGUACAAAAGGCUCUUCCGCUUGGACCAGGGCCACACAAUACCAGCCACUGACCAUGCAAACACAAUUUGUAAAUGCUUCCCUAUCUCCUACCUGCAGCACUGUUUUGAAUCAGUCUCCCUAAAGGUCCAAUUUUCAGGACCUUCACGAAGGGACUCCCCUUUUCCAGUAUUCACCAUGCAGAGGGCAAUUUACUGCUUCAUACUGGGGCUCUCAGUGUAUUUGUCACCCCCCGCAUUGUCUACCAGUAACAGGUCCUUUUCUUUGGAUUGAGGAGCCAGUUCCAACUGGACCAAGCUCCCACCACCCCUCUUCAGUAAAGUUGUUAUUAUGCUGAUAGAUGCCUUGAGAGAUGAUUUUGUGUUUGGGUCAAAGGGUGUGAAAUUUAUGCCCUACACGACUUAUCUCGUGGAAAAAGGAGCAUCUCACAGUUUUGUGGCUGAAGCAAAGCCACCUACAGUUACUAUGCCUCGAAUCAAGGCACUGAUGACAGGGAGCCUCCCUGGCUUCAUCGAUGUUGUCAGGAACCUCAAUUCCCCUGCACUGCUGGAAGACAAUGUGAUCACACAGGCAAAAGCAGCUGGGAAAAGAAUGAUCUUUUAUGGAGAUGAAACAUGGGUGAAAUUAUUCCCACAGCAUUUUGUGGAAUAUGAUGGAACAACCUCAUUUUUUGUGUCAGAUUAUACAGAGGUGGAUGAUAAUGUUACAAGGCAUUUGGAUAAAGUAUUAAAAAGAGGGGAUUGGGAUGUGUUAAUCCUCCACUACCUUGGGCUGGACCACAUCGGCCACAUUUCCGGGCCCAGCAGCCCCCUGAUCGGGCACAAACUCAGUGAGAUGGACAGCAUCCUGAUGAAGAUUCACACCUCGCUGCUGUCCGAGGAAAGAGAGAAUCUUUCACCCAAUUUGCUGGUUCUUUGUGGUGAUCAUGGAAUGUCGGAAACAGGAAGUCACGGGGCCUCUUCCAUGGAGGAGGUUAACACCCCCCUGAUCUUAAUCAGUUCUGCAUUUGAAAGAAAGCCUGGUGACAUCAGACGUCCAAAGCAUGUUCAACAGACUGACUUGGCUGCAACCUUAGCAAUAGGCCUUGGUCUGCCGAUUCCAGAGAACAGCGUUGGUAGUCUGCUGUUCCCCUCCAUAGAAGGGAGACCAGUGAGAGAACAGUUGAGGUUUUUACAUUUAAAUGCAGUGCAGCUCAGCAAAUUGUUGCAAGAGAACGUGCCAUCAUAUAAAAAAGAGCCUGGGUUUGAGCAGUUUAAAAUGGCAGAGAGGUUGCAUGGGAACUGGAUCAGACUGUACUUGGAGGAGAAUACCUCGGAAGUCCUGUUCAACCUGGGAACCAAGGUUCGCAGGCAGUACUUGGAUGCCCUGAGGACUCUGAGCCUAUCCCUGAGCAGACAGGUGGCUCAGUACGACAUCUACUCGAUGCUGGUGGGGACCGUCAUGGUUCUGGAGGUUCUAACCCUGCUCCUGCUCAGCAUCCCGCAAGCACUGAGCAGCAAGGCUGAAUUGGAAGUUCCUCUGUGGUCGCCUGUGUUUUCUCUGCUGUUUUAUUUGAUGUUUCUGGUUCUUUCUGCUCUUCACGUCAUUGUGUGCACCUCAGCUGAGAGUUCCUGCUAUUUCUGUGGCCUCUCAUGGCUGAUGGCAGGUGGAGUGAUGGUGUUGAUCUCCGCACUGCUCUGUGCGGUUGUGUCUGCUCUUGCCAAGAUGUUUGCCAGCGGAAAGCUCCUGAGCAAGAAUCCGGCCCAUCCAAACUCACGAUGGUCAGAGUUGGAUGUUGUUAUCUUGUUGGGGACCAUGGGCCACGUGCUGAGUCUGGGCGCAAGCAGCUUCAUCGAGGAAGAGCACCAGACCUGGUACUUCCUCGUUAACACCCUGUGUCUGGCUCUGUGUCACGAAAUCUACAGAAACUGCUUUCUGGGCGACGACUGUGAGCCCCGGCGAUGCUCGCACGGGGAGCGGGGGUUUGUCAACACUGCACCAGCGUUACAGGACGGGAGCAUCGGCCAUGACGAGCUAGAGCCCCACAGAGCGUCUAAGAGCCCCACUUCCCUUAACACGCUCAGAGGCUGGGAGAAGUGGAUGGCGAUGGCAAGCCCCUGGGUGAUACUUACCUGCUGCCGGCUGCUGCGGUCACUAAACCAGACGGGUGUGCAGUGGGCCCACCGGCCUGACCUGGGGCACUGGCUCACCAGUUCUGAUCAUAAAGCUGAGCUCUCCGUUCUGGCCGCCCUCUCACUCAUCAUGAUUUUUGCGCUGGUGCAGAGGAGGUGCUCCCUGACGUCAAAAGUAGCCAUGGCACUUGGCCUCCUGGGUGUCUACUGCUACCGGGCAGCCAUUGGAAAUGUCCUGUUCCCAUGGCAACGAGACAGCAAAGACAUUUCCAAGGGUCUUAUUGAAGCUCGUUUUGUUCAUGUCUUUGUCCUGGGCAUUCUGUUCACGGGCACCAAAGACUUGCUUAAAUCUCAAGUCAUUGCUGCAGACUUCACAAUCAAGACUGUGGGUUUAUGGGAGAUAUAUAGUGGAUUAGUUCUUCUGGCUGCUUUGCUUUUUAGACCACAUAAUCUUCCAGUUUUAGUAUUUAGCCUCUUGAUUCAGACUAUAAUGACUAAAUUCAUCUGGAAGCCCCUGAGGCAUGAUGCAGCUGAGAUCACUGUAAUGCAUUAUUGGUUUGGUCAAGCAUUCUUCUAUUUCCAGGGAAACUCCAACAACAUAGCCACGGUGGACAUCUCAGCGGGCUUCGUGGGCCUGGACACCUACGUGGAGGUCCCAGCUGUGUUCCUGACCGCAUUUGCAACGUUCGCAGGACCCGUGCUGUGGGCCAGCCACUUAGUGAGCUUCCUGAGCUCAGAAACCAGCAGUGGUUCUGCACUGAGUCAUGCUUGCUUCUGCUACGCACUGAUCUGUUCUUUUCCAGUUUCUGCGUAUAUCAUUUUGGUGACAUCCCUGCGUUACCAUUUAUUUAUAUGGAGCGUGUUUUCUCCAAAACUUCUUUAUGAGGGAAUGCACAUCCUCAUCACAGCUGCCAUCUGUGUGUUCUUCACAGCCAUGGACCAAACCAACACAAAGUCAUAGGCACUGGGAGAACAAUAUAUUUCUAAAGUCCAUUCACUUCAUGCAUUUGAGUAGUGAAAAAAAUCUGUUGAAAUGCGAGAACAUUCUUAAAAAUAUUGUGAAUUCUACAGAGUUGAUGAAUAGCUUCAGUUUCUUUCACUGCUAUACUUGAAUUUAGAUCAAAUAGUAAGUGAUUUGAAAGGUCACUUUAAAAUAGUUUGAAUAUGAAUCAUGUUCCCUUGUUGACAGUAACUCCAUAAACUUCUGAACUUCUAA